AUGUCAACGGAGCAGACGCUGCGCGAGCUUUGGGCAGUCACCCUCGGCCUCGAACUCGACGAUAUCAACGACGACAGCAACUUUUUCGAGCUAGGAGGUAACUCCCUCUCUAUUCUGACUCUCCAGGCAGCGGGAUAUGGAGAGGGUCUGGUGAUCGAAUAUGGACAGCUAUUUGAGACCCCAGUGCUACGAGAUCUAGCCGCUGUCGUUCAAAGCUUCGACAAUGAGAUGACACCGGAUGACUCCAGCGAUCACGAGUCAAACAAAGGGAGCCAUGACCUGUCUACGCCUGUGUCUCCACCAUCGGAUUGGUUCCACGAUGACGCUGGUCGGUAUGGUUUCCAGCCAGACGCGAUCGAGGACGCCUUUACUUGCACGCCACUGCAACAGGGUAUGAUGGCCAUGUCAGUCCAGGACAGCAGGAUGUACCGCGCGUGCUACGUUUUCGAGAUCCCGUCUCAUGUUCAUACCGACCGGCUCCAGGAGGCGUGGCGAGGCGUUACUCAAGCAAAUCAGAGUAUGAGGUCAAGGAUUCUCCCGAUCAAGGGUGCCCGAGACAGUAUCCAGAUUGUUCUGAAAGACGAUUUCCACUGGGAGCAUUGUAUAGACUCAGUCGACGGCUUUGCGACGAAUGCGAUGAGGCAGGCUGUGGACUAUACAGCCCCAAUGUCUGCAUUGACAGUCAUAAGUUCCGAAGAGACAGGCGCAAGACACCUUGCAUGGACGGUUCACCACGCGAUCUAUGACGGUUGGGCGCUUCCACUUAUUCUCCAAGAUGUUGACACGCAUUACCACAACAGCACUGUACCGACCAGGGCGCAAUUCAGACUUUUCGCGAGACACCUUCUUCAGGAUGACGAACGAAUGAGCCGGGAGUUUUGGCGAAAGAGGCUGGAGGACUUUGAUCACAUGUCAUGGCCGGCGACGACUAGACUCACCUCCGAGAUUAUUAGCACCGGUCACGCCGAGUCCAUUACCUUGAACACCAGUCGACCAAAGUCCGAAAUCACCUUUGCCACUCUCAUCAAAGCAGCAUGGGGUCUGGUUCUCUCCAACUACUCCCACGCUUCUGAUGUCGUCUUCGGCACUGUAGUUCACGGUCGCAAUCGUCGCCUUCAAGGCAUAACCGAGAUUGUCGGACCAACUAUCGCCACGGUCCCUGUCCGCGUCCAAACCACCAGGGAGCUCGAAGUCGCAGACUUGCUUCAGACGAUCCAACAUCAGGCCGCUGAGGCCACCAACUACGAACAUAUCGGGAUUCAGGAGAUCGCCAAGUUGGGCGAGGGCGCAAAACUGGCCUGCGCAUUUCAGACGCUGCUGGUCGUCCAUACGGCGGUCGAAGAGGAUUUCGCGAACCAGUGCAGUGUCGCAACACUACGAAAAGACCUUAGCCUUCACGACCGAUAUCAUCCAUACGCUCUUGUAAUUGAUGUCUGGGAAGGAGAUGGUAGCGCACGAAUUGAGGGACGAUACGAUGAUAGAAGUCUUCAGGGCUGGGAGGUAGAUCGUGUUCUCCAACAAUUCGCCCACAUUGUUCGACAAUUGAGCAAGGCCGGACCAGGGACUCGACUUGACAGCGUCAAGAAGACUUAUUCAACAGAAGACGAAGCCCUUGUCAGAAGCUGGAAUGCCAUGCAGCCGGUCGUGGUGGACAGAUGUGUCCAUGACCUAAUUGGGGAACAGGUUCUGGCGCGUCCACAGGCGACCGCAGUGGUGUCAACCGACGGCGAACUCACAUACCACGAACUCGACGUCUUAUCAGAUCGUCUUGCAAGUCGUUUAUUCAGUCUCGGGAUUGGCCCGGGAAGCCUGGUACCGCUUUGCUUUGAGAAGUCAAUGUGGCCUGUCGUGGCCAUGAUAGCUGUUCUCAAAUCCGGCGCAGCGUGCGUGCCCACGGUUCCUGAGCAUCCCGAUGCCCGACUAGCAGCCAUCUUGGAGGAUACAGCCGCUUCUGUGGUGUUGGUAUCAGAAGCUCAAGAAGCCCGAUUUGCCGGUCUCGCUAGACAGCCUGCGACAGUAAGCGCCUCAACCUUGCGCUGGCCGGACAAUGUCGCCGAAGAAGAUGAGGCCAGUUCGCAAUCGCCGAAGGUCACCUGUUCAGUACAGCCUAGCGAUGUCGCGAUCGUUAUCUUUACGUCAGGAAGUACAGGUAGGCCCAAGGGCGUGCUAUUGGACCACCGCGCUCUGUGUACGAGUAUGUCUGCGCACGGCGAGGUGCUGGCUAUUGGACCUACAUCCCGUAUUCUUCAAUUUGCUGCCUUCAGCUUCGAUAUCAGCUUACAGGAUAUCCUCACUACUCUUACCCGGGGAGGUUGCAUUUGCAUGCCCUCAGAAAACGAUCGCUUGAAUAAUCUCGCCGGGGCUAUCAACGACAUGAACGUCAACUGGGCCGGCCUUACCCCAACAGUCGCUAUGCUUCUCGAGCCCGAAGCCGUUCCGACGCUCAAAACUCUUGUCCUAGCAGGAGAGGCAGCAACGACAAACGUUAUCGACCGGUGGAGUAACGCAGUGUCUCUCCAUAACUGCUAUGGUCCGGCCGAGAGUACAAUCUAUUGCGCAUGGCAGGGUGAUCUUGGGCGCGGUCGCCACCCGGCCGAUAUAGGAAGGGGUCUAGCAACCAGACUAUGGGUUGGUGAUGUUGAAGAUUACACCUCUCCGGCACCGGUGGGUGUCGUGGGUGAGCUAUUGGUACAUGGCCCGACGCUUGCUCGUGGAUACUUGAACAACGACAGUCAGACGGCAACAGCAUUUCCGCUGGCACCUAGUUGGAUCACAGACUUUCAGCCUGAGGGCCCUCAUAUCCAAGGCCGGGUCUAUCGCACAGGUGACCUGGUGCGUUAUACAAAGGAUGGAUCACUGGUCUACAUGGGACGCAAGGACACCCAGAUCAAGAUCAGAGGCCAACGUGUGGAGCUGGGUGAAGUUGAGCAUGCCAUUACUACAGCCACUCAAAGCAAUCAAGACCUUGAGUGGGCACGCGUGGCUGUCGAUGCAGUGCGUACAGAUCGCGGUCAGCUUCUAGUGGCCUUCCUCGAAGAACCUCACAGCCAUGGAACAAGAAGCGAACCGUCGCAGGAGAACUUGGCUCAAGGAUCGACUGAGCUACUUCCAGCUUCCAAAGAGUUCAGCGACAAAUGCCAGACCCUCAAGGCUGGUCUCGUGACGAGACUCCACAACUAUAUGAUACCACAAGCUUUUAUUCCAGUAGGUCUCAUGCCUCUGAACGCUUCCAGGAAAAUCGACCGUCGCAAGCUUCAAGAGUGGGCUGGUGCUUUGGACCCCCAAGACCUCGCCGCUUACACGCAGGCCGCUCGAUCGCGAGACAAGAGAGAACCGGCGACUGAUAUGGAGCGUCAACUUCUCGACCUUUGCAAAGAGAUCCUACAACUUCCGUCGGAAUGGAUCGGCGCGGACAGCGACUUCUUCGAGAUUGGCGGAGACUCUGUUGAUGCUAUGCGUCUCGUGGCUGCUGCUGGAGAGGUCGGCCUAUCUUUGACAGUCGGUCAGGUUUUUAAGAACUCAAGGAUCUCUCUAUUGUCUCAGGACAUUGAGAGUACUUCUUGUGGCGAGGCAGCGAUGAGGAACCGCGUGGAUAUGGAGCCUUUCGCAUUGCUUACGACUACUGACAGCGAUGACCGCGAAGCGGUGCUGGAGGACGCUGCACGACAAUGCGGUGUCUCCGUUUAUUCGAUCGAGGAUAUCUAUCCCUGUACACCCUUACAGGAGGGUCUGAUGGCUUUGUCUGAGAAACAUCCCGGAGCGUACAUGGCUCAUUGGACAUUUCAACUUGACCCUAGUGUCGACUCACGACGCCUAAGCGAAGCGUGGGCUCGUACGGUGAAGAAACACAGCAUUCUACGGACGCGGAUUAUCUACUUACAAGGGCAUGGACCAAUGCAAGUGGUGGUAGAUGAAGCGCCGAUAUGGAAUGAAAGCCGUGAAGGAGGUAAAGAGGCGUACCUUUCUCAUGCCAACGCGGAAGUCAUGGGUUAUGGCACCGCCUUGAGCCGCAUCGCUCUGGUAUCAGACAAAUUUACAGAGCCCGAGGCCACUCUAUGUUUAGUCUGGACAGCUCACCACGCGACCUACGACGGCUGGUCCGUCGACCUAUUAACAAAAGACCUUCAAAAGGCAUACGAAGCGGGAUCCGCGGCCCGGAUUCAGGCGGACGAUGCCUUAACCACACCGUUCUCGCACUUCAUCAGACAUCUUACCAAUGUAGGAAAUCCUGAAGACAAGAUCGCUACCGAUAAUUACUGGCAUCAACGACUACAAAGCUGGAGCGGAUCAUCCUUCCCCAGACUCCCUUCAGCAGGAUACCAAUCGCGAACGAAUCAAGCGCUGCGACACCAACUUCUCUCACCAAGGUCAGCUGUCGCUGGUGUGACCCGCGCAUCGGUAUUGCAGGCAGCUUGGGCACUGGUUAUGUCACGACAGACCGGAUCGGAUGAUGUCGUAUUCGGUUCGAUUCUUAGCGGUAGGAAUGCGCCAUUGGCAGGGAUUGCGCAAGUCGUUGGUCCAACGAUUACAACAGUGCCCUUGCGAAUCCAGCUCUCAGCAACAGCAACUGUUCAUGAAUUCCUACAAGGGAUCCAAGAACGGGCUACUGAUAUGAUUCCGUUUGAACAAGCUGGUCUUCAUCGAGUCAAGUCGCUUAGUUCAGACGCACUGGAGGCUUGCGGGUUCCAAACUCUCUUGGCUAUCCAGCCCGCAGAGAAGCCAGAGGAGAAGAACGGGGCAGCCAUUUCAGCGCCACACCUCGAGGAUACCGCUUCACUCGGCUUCCACACCUAUCCUCUCUCUAUUGAGUGUUCUAUCGGCGACGACAUCGUGGACGUUGAAGUCCAGUACGACGAUGCCGUGUUAUCAAGGGGAGAAGUGGCUCGCUUGGUCGAGCGGUUUGCGCACGCUUUGCAGCAGCUGACGUGUGAAACUCCGGAAACCAUAUGCGUUGGUGAUCUGAGCACUUUCAGUCCAGAGGAUGCAGCCCAGGUGCAACAAUGGAACGCCUCUUCAUCGCCGACGGUAGUAGAAGAUUGCAUUCAUGAAGUCAUCAGGCGAGUGGCACAUACACGCCCCGAGGCAGCUGCAGUGUCCGCCUGGGAUGGCAAGAUUACGUAUCGCGAGCUGGAUGAACUUUCAGACCGCUUGGCCACGCAUCUUUUGAGCCUGGAUGUCGAAGUCGGCGACAUGGUGCCGCUGUGCUUCGAGAAGACCCUCUGGGCGCCCGUGGCCAUGCUCGCUAUCCUCAAAACCGGAGCCUCAUUCGUGCCGCUAGAUGAGGCUACGCCUGCGAAGCGACUGGAGGUUAUAAUCAAGGCAACUAAGGCUCGAGUCUUCGUUGUUUCCCCUGAAACGCGAAGCAAGAUGGCAGCGAACGGUAUCUCUGACGUUCGGUUUGUUUCAGUCUCCGAGGAGCUCAUGUCGACACUGCAGGACCUCAAGGCUCCGGAAGUGCCUGCUAAUCCUACAGGUGUGGCUUAUGUGAUUUUCACAUCUGGUUCUACAGGCGUUCCGAAAGGCGUGAUGAUUGAGCACCGAUCUUACUGCACAAGCGCUGAAGCGCACGGAAAGGCCACCCUUAUGGAUGAGAACACUCGAGCUCUUCAAUUCUCUUCUUAUGCCUUCGAUGCCGCUCUUCACGAGGUCUUGACGACGAUUAUGUUUGGCGGUACGAUUUGCAUACCCAGUGAAGAGGAUCGUCUCAAUAAUAUGCCUGACUUUGUUCGGAGCAGAGGGGUCAACUGGGUCAUCCUCACACCCUCGGUAAUUCGCCAGUAUUCUCCAUCGCAGAUGCCAGGGCUAAAGACUGUUGUGCUGGUCGGUGAGGCCAUGGGCGAAGAUGAGUUGCAGUGGUCUAGCAUUGCCACACUGAUCAACGCAUACGGACCAAGCGAGUGCACCGUGGCAACGACCGCGAACGCAGAGGUGAUCAAAAGAGGAAACCCCCGCAACAUUGGUCGACCCAUCGGUUGUAUCGGAUGGGUAGCCCAUGAGGAGGAUCCAGAGAAGCCUGCUCUGGUAGGCACUGCCGGCGAGCUGCUUGUUCAGGGGCCAACUCUGGCCAGGGGCUAUCUCAAUGAUGUAGAGAAGACGGCGAGUGCGUUCGUCAAUAGGCCUCGUUGGAUAGCCGAUCUUCAAGACGUCGACAAAGCAUGGGACAGAGUAUAUCGUACGGGCGACUUGGUUCGAUACGAAACCGAUGGCUCACUCGUAUACGUCGGCCGUAAAGACACACAGGUCAAGGUAAGAGGCCAGCGCGUGGAGCUUGCCGAAAUUGAACAUCAUCUCGAAGCAGAUGAGCGUGUCGACAUAGGAGUGGUUCUCCUGCCGAAGAAGGGUCAGCUUACAGGCAAGGUGACGACCGUACUGUCUCUCGCUACAUGCGAAGAAGAACAGGAACAACCCAACAAGAUCACAACCCAGGACGAAUCACAUGAUGCAUCCGAGAAGAACGGCCUCACUCUGCUCGAGGUGCAAGGAACGAAGGGCGCGAAAGAGUCCCGGGCCGCCACGCUCAAGGUACGGGAAGGGAUCGCUGGCAAGUUACCCUCCUUCAUGGUGCCCACUGCCUGGCUAGUGGUUCGUUCCAUACCUUUAAACACUUCCGGCAAGCUGGACCGAGCUCGGAUCUCCCGCUGGGUGGACGAGUUGCAGGAAGAGGAUGCGAGGACCGCGAUUAUCAACGACAACGUCGACCCCGAGGACCCUGCUGGACAUGCAGUCACACAGAUCGAGAAAACACUUCAACAGAUGUGCGCCGAGAUUUUAGCGUUGCGUGUCGAGCAGGUAUUCAUGGCGAAGUCGUUCCUCGGUCUCGGCGGCGAUUCAAUUACUGCGAUACAGCUGGUCUCACGUUGCCGGGCACAGUCACUAGGCAUUUCUGUCAAGGAUAUCCUCAACAGCCGAUCGCUCUCGCAGUUGUCAUUGCAUGUCAAGACUCUCACUGAGUCUAGGGUGCCGCGCGACGAACCUUUUGGCAAGCCAUUCGCGCUGUCGCCUAUGCAGCAGCACUUCUUCGGAAUCAAUGAUGGCGGCAAAACAACUGCCUCAGGGAGGUUCAACCAAAGCUUCCUCUUGCGCCUCACGCGACAUAAAGAGGCUAGAGAUGUGGCAGGAUCAGUCGAGGCAUUGGUCAGCUAUCACUCAAUGUUGCGUUCUCGAUUCAGUGCCAGCGAGAUCGCUGAAGAAAGCCCCCAAGCGUGGACUCAGAUGGUCUUGCCUGAGGUACAAGGCACCUUUGCUUUCAAUGUGCAUCGUGUUGCUGAGACUUCGCAAAUGGCUCCGAUCAUAGCUGAGACGCAGUCGCACAUCGACAUUGAGAACGGCCCGAUUUUUGCAGUUGACCUCUUCGAAACUAAACAAGACAUACAACUCGAGGGACACACUUCGCAGCAGUGGCUUUUCCUUGUCGCCCAUCACCUCGCCCUUGACAUGGUCUCUUGGCGUGUACUCCUACAACAGCUCGAGGAGCUUUUGGAGUCCGACAGGCUUUUGGCAGAUCGACCAAUCCCUUUCCAGGUCCUAACGAAUAUGCAAAAGGACUAUGCUGUUGAGAACCUGGCUCCCGAAGAUGCGAUUCCAUUCACUCUGCUGCCACCGGACCUGGAUUUCUGGGGAAUGCAAGGCAGACGAAACACUUGGGGUGACGCGGCUAUCCUCGACUUCAAAAUGGAUAAGGAGGUAACUGAGCUGCUGCUUGGAGAUUGCAACGCUCCGUUCAACACUGAACCUGUCGAUCUCUUGAUAGCUGGGCUUCUGUUCUCUUUCCAAAGAGUAUUUACGGAACGUGAAACAUCGCUCCCAACGCUUUUCAACGAAGGCCAUGGUCGAGAGGUAUGGGACCAGGAAGUCGAUGCGUCUGGCACCGUCGGAUGGUUCACGACGAUGCGUCCUGUGGCAUUGACCAUUGCCGGACAGGGCGAAGAUACCAUUAUUGAGGCAUUGCGACGAGUCAAAGACAUGAGAUGCCAGACACCCAGAAACGGCUGGGACUACUUCGCAAGCAGAUACAUGCACCCUCGUGGCCGGGAGGCAUUUGGUCCAGCCGGCGUGGUUGAGAUCAUGUUCAACUAUAUGGGGCGUUUCCAACAGCUCGAACGUGAGGAUGCACUUCUUCAGCCUGUUGCACGUGUGGGCGAUUUCGAACGAGCCGACAUGGGUCCCGAUGCACCUCGUCUAGGAAUCUUCGAUGUCUCAGCAUCGGUAGAGGACGGUCGCGCCGCCCUCAGCAUUGUAUACAAUAAGACGGCUCGCCACUUCCCACGUGUUGUCAAGUGGGCUCAAGAGUACGAAAGGACACUAUUGACGAUGGCCCAGCUCCUCCCGAACCGUCCUCGCGAAUACACAAUUAGCGACCUGCCGUUGCUCAAGCUGUCCGAUGCUGGUCUUCGCCGGUUAGUCCAGGAACGGCUGCCAGCAAUUGGAGUCACAGAAAUCGACAACAUCGAGGACAUCUAUCCAUGUUCUCCGGUACAGCACGGCAUCCUAAUGAGCCAGGCUAAGAAUCAAGGCCAGUACCAGACCAAGUUCUCGUUCGAAGUCACCAGCGCUACUGGAAAGGUUGAUGUGGCUAGGCUUGAGCGGUCUUGGCUGGCCACGGUGAAGCGCCACCCGAUGCUACGGACUCUCUUCGUCGAUGGAGCGACCGCAGACGGAUACUUUUCCCAAGUAGUGCUCAAAGAGGUUGAGGCCACUGUGAGGCGGUCUUCGAGUCCCAUCCUAAAUGGAGCAAGCCAUCAUAUGGAGAGUGAAGAUGGCAGCUCUCAACACAGUCCAUCUCGAUCAAACCACCGAUUCUGGAUCAACGAGGGCGAGGAUGGUCGGGUUAUCUGUCAGCUGGACAUCAGCCAUGCUAUGAUCGACGGCGCUUCGCUACCUGUCCUGUUCAAAGACCUUGCCAGAGGAUAUCAAGGCGACCUUCCGGCCAAUCACGGAGCUCUCUACCGCAACUUCAUUGAGUACCUAUCCAUUAAAGGUGCUGAGUCCGCCACAACAUUUUGGAACGAACGGCUCGCUGGGCUUGAACCAUGUCUUUUCCCCUGCCUAAAGGAUGUCCAGUCAGACAAGGCAGUAUCUGCGGGUGAGCAGCAUGAGUUGCGCACAAUCCAUCUGGAUAUGAAUGGCAUCGCGACCCAAGUCUGGGAAUUCUGCACCGCUAACGAUUUCACCGUCUCAAACAUUGUACACGCCGCGUGGGCUGUCAUUCUCCGCCUCUACACGGGCUCAGAGGAUGUCUGCUUUGGCUACUUAACCUCAGGUCGUGACGUACCUGUACCUGAAGUUGAGAGCACUGUAGGACCAUUCAUCAACAUGCUGACAGCUCGUCUUGCCGUUCAGCCUGGUGCUACUCUGAACAGCAUUGCGGCGGCGAGCAAACAAUCCCACGUCCAAGCACUUCCGCAUCAGACCUGCGCCUUAGCCGAUGUGCAGCAUGGCCUCGGCCUGGCAGGACGGGCUCUCUUCAACACGGCCAUUUCUCUGCAAGCCCGUCUCGUCGAAAAUGAAUCUCAACAGUCGGAACUUAGCUUCAAAAGCAUUUGCGGUCAUGACCCAACGGAGUAUGACAUUACCCUGAACAUUGGCGUGCAACCUGGGGCCCUUUCCGGAAAUAUCAAGUAUUGGGCUUCCACCAUGGCGGAGAGCCAGGCUACUAGCAUGGUCGAAGCAUUCCUGACCGUUUUGCGUGCAGGCGUAACUAACCCAGACUGCGACAUUGCUAUGCUUGACAAGAUAGGGGAUCAGGACAAGAGCCUGGUCAAGUCGUGGAACAGCAAUCUACCCAUUCAGGUUGAUGAAUGCGUUCACCAACGAAUCGAGGCUCGGACUAUUCAAAGUCCGGAUGCUGAGGCCGUCUGCGCAUGGGACGGCGAGCUUACAUACGCCCAAUUAGAGCACUGGUCUUCUCGUCUCGCCCGCCAUCUCGUUAAUCUCGGCGUCGGCCCAGAGGUUUCCGUCCUGGUGUGUCUUGAAAGGUCAUUAUGGACGCCAGUGGCUGUAUUAGCAGUCCUCAAGGCCGGUGGCGUGUUCGUCCCGUUAGACCCAAAACUUCCCCAAAAGCGAAUGCAGGACAUUGCCAAGCGAGCAGGCGCCCGUCUCGGCUUGACAGAUGAGGCCACAGGUCCCAAGGUUUCCAUGAUGCAGCCAUCAGCUUCUCCAACGACUAUCGGCCGUGCUAUUGGCAGUGUAUCAUGGAUUGCCGACAUGGAUGGCCCCGGCUCUCUAGUCCCAGUCGGUGCUAUUGGAGAGCUGUUGAUUCAAGGGCCAAUUGUCGGUCGUGGGUACCUGGAUGACAACGAGGCGACAGCAACAGCAUUCUUGCAAGCCAGUGUACUGUCAAAUAUGGACGAGUCGCAUGCCAUCACUAACCGGGUCUAUCGAACAGGUGAUCUCGUUCGAUACCGAGAAGACGGAUCCAUUAUAUAUGUGGGACGCAAAGGAAACCAGGUGAAGCUUCGAGGACAGCGAAUCGAGCUUGAUGAAGUCGCCCACAAGGUGGAGGAGCUGUGGGAUGGCACAGGCCCUAUCGGGCGCGCUGUCGCCCAGGUCAUCACCCCCUCAAGUCGCUCAAACACCCAGAUCCUGGUCGCAUUUGUCCAAGUGCACUUGAACAGAGAACAAGAAGGAAGGCAGGGAUCUGACGAUUGGGUUGCUGACCUCUGGCCAACCUACCAUGAUGAAAUCGCAAGGCUGCAGAUCCGAAUGGCAAACGAUCUUCCGCAAUACAUGAUACCACAGGUUGUUAUCCCUGUUCACUCCUAUCCGAUAACAGCGAAUGGAAAGCUCGACUACCGUGCUCUACGAGACCGGGGUAACAGCCUCAAUGCUGAGGAGCUUGCAGCUUACAGUCGUCGUGUUGGAGACGGCAAACGUGAACCAUCGACAAACACAGAGCGACAGAUCCAGAGGCUUUGGGAGGCGACCCUUCAACUGCCUUCGAACUCUGUAGGAUUAGAUGAUCACUUCUUCCAACUGGGUGGCGAUUCCGUUGACGCAAUGCGUCUGGUAGCGUCUGCAGCCGAGACAGGAAUCGCCCUGACCGUCGCCCAGGUAUUCCGUAUGCCACGGCUUCACCAGCUGGCUCAAGCGUAUGAUGAGUCGGACGCUGUGCCUUCUCUAGUUACAGACGCAGUAGAACCCUUUGCCCUGCUUGGGGUAGUAGAAGAUGACGAACGUGCCGUUCUUGUGGCUGAGGCAGCCCAGCAGUGCGGUGUACCGGUUGAGUCGGUAGAAGACAUGUACCCGUGUACUCCCUUGCAGGAGGGUCUGAUGGCUCUCGCCGAAAAGGAGCCUGGCUCUUACACGGCCCAGCACGUCUUCCGUCUAAGCCCAGGGGCUGACCCGGAGAGAGUCAAGGCGGCUUGGAUGCAAUGUGAGGCCUCUUGUGAGAUUCUGCGUACAAGGAUCGUGUACGUGGAAGGCUGUGGCCAAUUCCAAGUGGUGUUAUCACCAGAAGAUCCAUCGUGGCAAGAGCAACAGGAGCUGCAGACAUACUUGCAAGGAGACAAGAAGAAGUCCCUAGGCUACGGGACGCCAUUAAGCCGAGUUGCGAUCGUCUCUGAAACCGGGGACAACUUCUUCGUGUGGACUGCCCAGCAUGCUGUCUACGAUGGGUGGUCUUUCAAACUCGUACAGCAGCGACUUGAGGAAGCCUACAAGAACGCCCCAUUGGAGCCGCUAGUCCCCUUUUCACGCUUCAUCAGUCACAUCACAAGAACUGAAGGUGAUGUUGCGUCUAAGGGUCAAGAUUUCUGGCUUCAACAGCUCGAGGGUUGGAGCGGUGCAACCUUCCCGUCGCUGCCAUCGGCGACAUACCAACCACGGACUAAUCAAUCAGUACGACAUGAGGUCCCCGUGAGAGAUUGCAUUAUCCCUGGCAUCACUCAGGCCUCAGUCCUAAGGACGGCUUGGGCAAUCGUCUUGUCACGCCAGACAGGGUCGGAUGACGUUGUCUUUGGUUCAGCAAUCAGUGGACGUAACGCGCCGGUCCCAGGUAUCUCUAGAAUUGCCGGACCAACAAUUACCACGGUUCCGUUCCGCAUACACGUCGAACAGAACAUUUCUCUCGCAGAUUUUCUGAAGCAGGUCCAAGGGCUCGCUACGGAGACGAUCCCUUUUGAACAAGCUGGCCUACAGCGCAUCCAGUCACUCAGCACAGACGCGAAAGAGGCAUGCCGAUUCCAGAACUUGCUCGCAAUUCAGCCAGCUGAUAAGAAUGACGACGGCGACACACAAGAUGCGGCUUUGAUACCGAAUUUCGAUGCCGCCGACCUGUCCGGUUUCCAUACCUAUGGCUUGGUGGUGGAGGCUCGACAAAGACAUGCCAUGAUCGAGUUCGAUGCUCAGUACGAUGAAGCUGUUCUAUCGAAUUGGGAGGUAAAGCAGCUACUGGAUCAGCUCGUUCAUGUUAUCCGUCAGAUGGCGGGUGGUGAAGCCGAGGCUUCGAUUCGCGACAUGGACACUUUCACUCCUGAAGACGCACAGCUUGUGCACCAAUGGAACACAACUCUUGAGCCGCGGUCCCUGGAGGUGUGCGUUCACGACUUAAUUAGAGAGCAGGUCACAGCACGUCCGGAAGCAGAGGCCGUCACGACGAAGGAUGCCACGCUGACCUAUGGCCAAUUGGACGAGCUCUCCAGCCGAUUGGCCGCUCACCUCAUCAAUCUUGGUGUUACGACCGGUUCAUUAAUUCCUCUCUGUUUCGAGAGAUCUCAAUGGGUAGUGGUAUCUAUGCUAGCAGUUCUCAAGGCCGGUGCAGCUUUCGUACCGCUUGACUCUGCGGUUCCUCUUAGGCGUUUAGAGCAGAUCGUCGAUGCGACUGGUUCUUGGCUCGCCCUAGGGAGCCCCAACAAGCGGGAGCUGUUGACGAGUGCCAUCCGUGUUGUGGUUGAUGUGUCGAACGAGGCGGUAAAAGAGUGGCCAUCAGCCACUGAUUCGACUACAUUGCUCUCAGCUACGCUGCUUUCAACACCAUCAGACGUUGCGUACGUUAUGUUCACCUCAGGAAGCACCGGAAAACCUAAAGGUGUGGUGAUGGAGCAUCAAGCGGCUAGUUCAAGUCUGAAAGCCCACGGAGAGACUAUGCAUUUCGGACCUGACACCAGGGCAUUGAACUUUGCCUCUUUCGCCUUCGAUGCAAGCAUCACAGAGAUACUGACAACGCUUGUUCACGGAGGAUGUGUCUGCAUCCCGUACGAGGAGGAGCGGUUAAGCCAUCUCGUUGAGACCAUCAACUCCUUCCAGGUCAACUGGGCCCUCUUUACACCAUCUGUGGUCACCCUCCUGGUCCCUCAAGAGGUUCCCAGCCUCAAAACGUUACUUCUCGGUGGAGAAGAGGUUAAGAAGGAUAAUAUUGAAGUUUGGGCCGACCACGUGAAUCUGGUCAACGCUUAUGGCCCUACAGAGGCCUGCGUUAUGUGCGUUUCAACGCCUCUCAAGCGCACACAUGGGCGGUCAGAUACCAUUGGGAAGGCUCUCGGAUCGAAAGCCUGGGUCGUCAAUUUGGGCAACGACACACAACUAGCCCCAAUUGGGAGCGUUGGUGAGUUGUGGAUAGAGAGCCCGCAGCUUGCUCGUGAAUAUCUUGGAAAUCCAGAGGCUACAGCCAAGGCCUUUGUGACAGAUCCUCUGUUCUUGCGCGGAUCUGGAAGAGGCCGACGACUGUAUCGCACAGGAGACCUGGUUCGGUAUAACGGUGAUGGGUCCUUGAGGUAUGUCGGUCGCAAAGAUGCCCAGGUUAAGGUACGAGGACAACGUGUAGAGCUCGCCGAAAUUGAGCAUCACUUGUGUGCGCGAGACGAAGUGGCCACGGGCAUGGUCCUCUUCCCCAAAACUGGUCCACUCAAGGGCAAGGUGACAGCCGUCAUCUCCUUGAAUCUCAACAGUCACAGCGAUCAGGAAUCAGGCAAUGGCCUGAGUCUGCUUGAAGGGAAGAGACUCUCAGAAGGCCAAGGCUUAGCGCUACAGAUAAGUCUCGCUCUUGAAAGCCUUCUGCCAUCGUUCAUGGUCCCCGCAGCUUGGCUUGUGGUGGAAGCUGUCCCAUUGACUACAUCUGGCAAAAAGGAUCGGCUCCAAAUCUCAAACUGGGUGGCUGGUCUGGAUCAGUCUACGGCACAAGCCUCACUCCUCGGGUCAGAGGAUGGCUCAAGCCCGGGUGACAAGAGAGCGACAGCGAAUGCGGCAACAGCAGCUGAGCAAAUACUGCUGCAGGGUUGUACCGAGGUCCUUAAUCUCGCGAGCGACAAGGUCUCGAUGUCACGGUCCUUUUUGAGUCAAGGCGGCGAUUCAAUUACAGCAAUGCAGCUCGCUUCAAAAUGCCGGACAAGAGGUAUGCGUGUAAGCGUACAGAAUAUCCUACGCAGCCAAACACUGUCACAGCUGGCUAUGCAUAUGGGCGUAGUUGAGGAUUCCCAUGUGCCGCGAGACGAGGCGUUCAAUGAGGCGUUUGACCUAUCCCCGAUACAACAGUUGUAUCUCGGACUCAGCGAAGAGUCAAUCUGCGAGCGAUUCAACCAAAGCUUCUUCGUUCGUUUAACCCGAAGAAAGGAGACACACAAAGUAGCACAUGCUGUGGACGCUUUGGUCAGGCAGCAUUCCAUGCUACGUGCGCGGUUCAGCAAAAACAGCUCUGGUCAGUGGCAGCAGACGAUUACGACCGAGGUGCAGACAUCUUCUGCAUUCACCUGCCAUGACGUGCCACAGGACGACGCUACGACAGAUCAUAUACGGUCCAUCAUCCAAGCCAGCCAGUCUCGCGUCAACCCCCAAACAGGACCUCUCUUUGUAGUUGACCUCAUCAACAUCAACGGCGUUGACGAUCCGGCCACAGAUGGUGACUGUGCGUCUUACCAAGUUCUCUCUCUGAUCGCGCACCAUCUAGUCGUCGAUCUUGUCUCCUGGAGAGUCAUUCUGCAGCAGCUUGAGGACCUAUGUGAGACCGGCAAGUUAUCGGUCGACCGUCCGGUUCCCUUCCAGGUCUGGAACAAUCUACAAAGGCAACAUGUCGAAGGCUUAACCCCCGAGUCAACCCUCCCGUUCACGUUGCCGCCUUGCGAUUUGGAGUUCUGGGGGCUGCAAGACCAACGGAAUGUAUGGGGGGAUGUACAAUCUGUCAGCUUCAGCCUUGGUCCGGCCGUCACAGAGCUUCUCCUUGGCAACUGCAACAACGCAUUCAACACUGAGCCAAUCGAUCUGUUCACGGCUGCUCUGUUGCGAUCCUUCCAAGAGACGUUCCCAGAUAGGGAUACGUUACCUACUGUCUUCAACGAGGGCCACGGCCGAGAGACGUGGGAUCCAGCUAUUGAUCUCGCAGGAACAGUGGGCUGGUUCACCGCAAUGAGGCCCGUGGCUGGGGCCUCAGAGACAGCAAAUGACCUGAUUGCACUGUUGUGCAAGGUAAAGGACAUUCGCCAUACAACACCGAGCAAUGGCUGGGCGUAUUUCACAAGCCGAUUUCUACACCCACGUGGUGUUGAGGCGUUUGGCGGAGCGCGAAGGCUAGUAGAAAUUGUCUUCAACUAUCUCGGACGAUUCCAGCAAUUGGAGCGUGAUGAUUCCCUCUUCAGAGAGGAAGCGCGAGUUAGCAGCCCCGAGGUUUCUGAUAUGGGCGCCACCACACCUCGUAUGAGUGCUCUCGACGUUUCUGCGCUAGUCACUGAGGGCCGUACGAACCUCAGCAUCUCGUAUAACAAGCAUGCCCGCCAUGGCGAUCGCAUUUCUAUCUGGGCCAGAAAUUUCGAGAAAGCCCUGACUACGCUGUCAGAGGUGCUUCCUACCCAGAAGCGUCAAUACACCAUCAGCGAUCUGCCUCUUCUCAACCUCACAGCAGUUGGAUUGAAGCGCCUAGCCGAGAUCAGACUUCCGGGGAUCGGCAUAGAGAACCUUGACAGUGUUGAGGAUGUAUACCCAUGCUCGCCAGUGCAACAGGGUAUUUUGGUUAGCCAGUCUAAGACGGCUGGCCACUAUGAUACGCAGUUCGCUUUCGAAAUAUACAGCAAGUCUGGGGUAGACCUUGGUAAGAUUCGAGCAUCCUGGCAAGCUGUUGUAAAUCGACACUCAAUCCUACGGACUGUCUUCAUUGACGGCGUCUCACCUGACGGUACCUUCGCACAGGUUGUGCUCAGGCAUGUGAGCGCGAAUGUGGUGGAGGAAGCAGCUGGAGACGACAAAAUCCUAGAGCAUGGAGAUGAAGUAAUGUCAGCCCGUGUGGCUCAGCCAGCACAUCGACUGGUUGUUUAUAGGUCAGAUGAAGGCAACAUGCAAUGCCGGCUCGAGAUCAACCAUGCUCUCGUUGACGGUGCUUCCAUGACCAUCCUCCUCCAUGAUCUUGCACUCGCCUGCUCUGACAGCCUUCCACAAGAUAGUGGAUCAGCGUACCGCGACUACAUCUCCUAUCUUACGGCACACGACCCCGUCUCCUCUCAAGAGUACUGGGCUAAAUCCCUCGCUGGACUUGAGCCGUGUCACUUUCCUCGCUUGGCUGAGGCAGUAAAGACAAACAACGCAACAGAGACACAGUUACACACCGUUAACCUCGAUAGCAGCGAUCUUUCUGGCGCUAUUCAGGCAUUCUGCUUAGCCAACGAUGCGACAGUCUCGAAUGUUAUUCAUGCAGCGUGGGCGAUGGUUCUUCGCACCUAUACAGGCUCAAAGGACGUCUGCUUCGGGUACCUUACCUCUGGCCGCAACAUCCCAGUGAAUGGGGUUGACAAGAUCGUCGGUCCGUUUAUGAACAUGGUGACAGCCCGGCUCCCGGUUGAGGCCGGCACUACGAUGCGCGCAUUGUCACAUGACGUCGGUAGCGAAUCUCAGGACCAAGAUGUCUAUUGCCGGAGUACAGGAGGUUACGAUCCGACGGAGUUCGACAUUACGGUCAAUAUCGGUGUCGCUGCCGGCUCCGUCUCUGGCAACAUCAAGUUUUGGACCUCUGUAAUGUCGGACAACCAAGCCGCCAGCCUAGCAGACCACUUCGUUACAGUAUUACGCAACGCAACUGCUAGCCCAGAUCAAGACAUCACCGCCAUAGAGAAGAUCGGCACCGGCGAUAAGGUAGUUAUAGCUUCCUGGAACCAACGAAUCCCCGAACACGUACAAGGGUGUGUUCAUCAGCAAAUCGAAAUACACGCAACAGUGAGUCCUGACUCCGAAGCCGUCUGCGCAUGGGACGGUUCUCUCACCUACGCACGCCUGGACAAUCUUGCUACUCGUUUGGCCCAUCGCUUGAUCGAACUCAACGUUGGCCCGGAGGUGGCCGUCAUGAUCUGCUUGGAAAGAUCCCUGUGGGUGCCGGUGGCUAUACUGGCCGUGCUCAAGGCCGGUGGUGUAUUUGUUCCGUUGGAUCCCGAUGUACCCUUGAAGAGAAUGCAAGAAAUCGCGAAGAGGGCUGGCAUCACCGUUGGUCUCGCCGACAGCUCCACUAGGCCGAAGGUUGCCUCGUCCGUUGACACAGCCCUGAGCCUGACAGAAGAGGUUUUAUCUUCUGUUGAAUCACCCAUCGUGACCGAUGUGAAGCCCACAAAUGCGGCCUACAUGAUCUUCACGUCUGGUAGCACAGGUGUUCCGAAGGGUGUUGUUAUUGAGCAUUACAACAUCGCCUCAAGCGCUAUGGCCCAAGGCAAGGCCAAAGAUAUCGGACCAGACUCAAGGGUCUUCCACUUUACCUCUUUGUCCUUCGACGUCUCCUUGGCUGAGAUCAUCACCACCUUAACAUGCGGUGGAUGCAUUUGCAUACCUCCAGAGACAAGAAACCUCCCUAGCAUAGCCAACGCUGUCGCUGACCUACGGGCCAAUUGGGCUUUUUUCACUCCCUCCGUUGUGGCGACAUUGAAGCCCGAGGACUUCGGUUCCCUCAAGACAUUGGCGGUAGGAGGAGAGGCUAUAACAGCCAAGAUUGUGGAGGAAUGGGGUUCAAAGGGCUUCUCUCUCAUCAACUCCUAUGGACCAACCGAGACGUGCAUUUUCUGCAUGUCAAAUAAAAUCGAGUCUUCCUCGGAUUCCUCGACAUCAAUCGGCCGGUCGAUCGGAAGUGUAGCAUGGGUUGGCGAUACCGACAAUGCUGCUUCGUUGGUCCCCAUUGGAGCGAUAGGAGAGCUCUUGAUCCAGGGUCCUAUCGUCGGACGCGGCUACUUGGGUGACAGCGAGACCACUUCCAACGCCUUCUUGAGCGCUACAACUAUCCCAGAGAUUGGACAGCCAGCUCUUCCCUAUCGUGUAUACCGGACUGGAGAUCUUGUUCGGUAUCGAGGAGACGGCACAAUUACGUACUUGGGCCGCAAGGGAAGCCAGGUCAAGUUACGAGGGCAGCGUCUCGAGCUUCAAGAGGUGGCAAGUCAGAUUGAGACUUUGUGGAUCAGGGCUAUUCGUGCUGUUCCCGAUGUUAUUGCACCGUCUGAUCGUCCAGAUCAUCCUCUCUUGGUUGCCUUUGUUGCGGUUGAUGUCCCAGGCGACAAGGAUACAACUGAGGGCAAGGUGACCCAACCUGUUGUUUCUUCAGGUCCUGCAUGGCUGGCCCCAUUGUGGCCUGACUUCCACGAAGAAACGGCUAGGCUUCAAGCAGAGAUGGCAGAGGUGGUACCUCGGUACAUGAUUCCCCAGGCUUUCAUCCCAGUGCAAUGGCACCCACUCUCUGCUGCAGGUAAGCUCGACAACCGCAGUUUACGAGCUUGGGCAACAGGCCUUACCGCUGAAGCUCUCGCAAGCUACGGCCGGUCAAAGGUCACGAGACGUGAGCCUGUUUCUGAGGCAGAGAAGGUCAUGCAGGGCUUGUGGGAAGCCGUGCUGCAGCUCAAACCGGGCUCAGUCGGUGCUGAUGACGAUUUCUUCCAGCUUGGUGGCGACUCCGUUGACGCUAUGAGGCUAGUUGCGGCUGCAGGAGACGUUGGUCUGACACUGACAGUCGGUUUAAUCUUCCGUGUGUCGCAGCUAUCGAAGCUAGCUCACGAGGUUGAGGUUGGAGGCGGAGCCUCGAAAGACGCCGCGCCGGACACCAUCGAACCCUUUGCGUUGCUGGAGGGCGCUGAUGACCGUGACGACCUGAUCACACAGGCAGCACUUCAGAGUUCUGUGAGCCCUGAAUCAAUCCAGGAUGUUCUUCCAUGCACACCGCUUCAGGAGGGUCUGAUGGUUCUCGGUGCCAAAGAGCCUGGAGCUUACAUGGCGCAGCAUAUCUUCCGAGUUGAGGCGAACGUUGACAUAAGCCGACUCAAGGCAGCAUGGAAUGCUGCAGUGGCAGAGUCUGACAUUCUUCGAACGCGAAUCGUCUAUCUUGACGGUCAUGAAUCGCUCCAAGUGGUGGUGGAUGAGGAGGUCACGUGGCACGAGGAGGAGGGCGAUCUUUCUGACUACCUCACACGCGACAAGCUUAUCCCCAUGGACUAUGGCGACACUCUGAGUCGCUUAGCUCUUGUCACUAAUGCCGAGGAUCACGAGUCAAAGUUCCUCGUGUGGACCGCCCAGCAUGCUAUCUAUGAUGGCUGGACCGUUGGACUGCUUAUUCGCAGGAUCGAGGAAGCCUAUCACCAGGGUCCAGCCGACCACAGAUCAACGUCGCCAGCUAUGGUGCCUUUCUCCCGCUUCAUCAAGCAUAUUUCGACCACCGAUCAGCUCAAAAGCGAUCACUACUGGUGUCAACAGUUGAACGGUUGGAAUGGUGCACCCUUCCCCAAAGUUCCUUCAGACAACUACCAAGCCAGCACGAACCAGACUGCCCAGCACAGCUACCAUUUGCCCAAGUCAUCCGUGUCCGGGAUCACAUAUGCUGCAAUACUUCGUGCAGGGUGGGCCACGACUCUUUCGCGUUAUACUGGCUCAGAGGAUGUAGUCUUCGGCUCAGUCCUUUCUGGACGCAAUGCGCCUGUCCCAGGGAUCGACCGGAUGAUGGGCCCGACGAUUACAACUGUGCCGUUGCGUAUCCAUGUUGAUUCUCAUUCGUCUAUUUCUGGCCUUCUGCGACAGAUUCAGCAGUCAUCAACGGACAUGAUCCCAUUCGAACAAGCCGGUCUGUACCGUAUUCGAUCCCUCUGCGAGGAUGCGCAAGAGGCAUGUCGAUUCCAAAGCCUGUUGGCCGUCCACCCUACGCGGAAGUCCACCGGCGACAUCGACGAGAAUGGUGUGCUUGUGGCACAUGGCACCACAGCCGGCGUGACUGGGUUUCAUACCUACCCGUUGGUUGUGGAGUGUCGUUUGGAAGAGGGCACAGGAGAGGUUUUGCUCGAGGCGCAGUACGAUGACGCUAUCCUAUCAGACUGGGAGGUGUCUCAGAUACUCCAACAGUUUGCUUUCACAACCCAAAAGCUAGCUCAAGGCUCCGAAGUGCCAAUCGGUAGGACGGAUCUUCUCAGCCCGCAAGAUGCUGCUCUCCUCCAAGGAUGGAAUGCCUCGCCUCCGGAACCAGUCAGGCAAUGCAUUCAUGGAAUGAUCCAGAAAGAGGCCCAGGCCCACCCAGGCACUGUGGCUAUAUCUGCCUGGGACGGAGAUCUCACCUAUCACGAGCUGGAUGCCCUUUCAGCUCGCCUCGCAACUCAUCUCUCAGGUCUCGGCGUUGGCGUGGGAUCCAAUGUACCACUGUGCAUCGAGCGAUCGAAAUGGGCUGUUAUCGCUAUUCUGGGCGUUCUCAGAGCUGGAGGCGCAUUUGUUCCUCUCGAUUCUGAAGCCCCGAUUGGUCGUGUGCAACAAGUGGUUGAGGCGACCGGUGCGAAGUGCGCUCUGGGCAGUUCAGGCAGAUGCAGCCUUCUAGCAGGCGCUUUUGAGAGGGUCAUAGAAGUCUCUGAUGCCGCUGCUUCUCUGUGGCAAUCUACAGAGUGCAUCUUCCCUUGCAUCAACGCAACAGAAGUAGCGUAUAUCAUGUUCACCUCUGGCAGCACAGGAAAGCCUAAAGGUGUUGUGAUGAGCCACCAAGCGGCAAGCACUAGCAUCAAGGCCCAUGGCAAAGCGAUGCACUUUAGUCCCAGCACUCGAGCUCUACAUUUCGCCUCACUGGCCUUCGACGCUAGUAUAGCAGAGAUUCUGACCACUCUAGCACACGGCGGCUGCGUUUGUGUUCCAGAUGAAGAGCAAAGACUUAGCAACAUCGUCGAAGCAAUCCGUCAGUACCGCGUCAACUGGGCCUUCUUCACCCCGUCAGUCAUUAGCCUUAUCAGCCCUAGUCAGGUGGCUCCCUAUCUCAAAACACUGGUCCUGGGCGGUGAGGCAGUCAAGAGGGACAAUGUCAAGACCUGGGCGGAUCAGCUCAAUCUCGUCAACGGCUAUGGACCGACCGAAGCUUGCGUGUUCUGCGUGACAACUCCUCUUGAACUCCAGUCACGGGCAGAUACUAUCGGAAAGGCUGUCGGGUCACUGUCAUGGGUAGUCAGCCUUACCAACGAGUCGCAUCUGGCAGCAGUAGGUUCGAUCGGCGAGCUCUGGAUCGAAAGCCCACAGCUUGCCCACGGCUACCUCAACAACAGUUCGGCGACAUCUGCAUCCUUCGUUGUCGAUCCGCCUUUCUUGCAAGGCUCACAAGGACGCCUUCUGUACAAGACGGGUGAUCUUGUGCAGUACAACAAGGACGGCACGUUACGGUACGUGGGUCGCCGAGAUAGUCAGGUCAAGAUCCGGGGCCAACGCUUAGAGCUCGGUGAAAUUGAGCACCAGCUCUGUACGCAAGACCUUGUUGAAGCUGGUCUGGUCCUGUUCCCUAAGAAGGGACCAUUGAGCGGGAAGCUGACUGCAGUCAUCUCGCUCGUUGAUGAUGGUGCUCAGAGCCAUGACGAGCACAGGGUAGGGUCCAAGGAAACAAAGGACGAUGAAGGAACAGCGGAUAAAGACGGGGCUCUCGACGUCGGGCUCCAGCUCCUCCAAGGUCUUGAGGAAGACGCUGCACGAGCCAAGACGCUGAAGUGCCAACAACAGCUGCUCCACUUGCUGCCAUCCUUCAUGAUACCGGCAGCAUGGCUAGUCGUGGGUUCGAUCCCACUGACUACUUCGGGCAAACUAGAUCGCGUUCGAUCCCUUCAGUGGCUCACAGACAUGGACCAAGACACAGCGCAGGCAUCGCUCCUUACUGCAGGCGCGACCGAUGACAACACUCACAACGACAAUCCUGCUGCAAAUCCAGUCACUUUGAUCGAGGAGUCACUGCAACAAAUCACAGGCGAGAUACUGGGUCUUCCGGCUUCGCAGGUCUCUAUGACCAGGUCUUUCCUCAGUCUAGGAGGUGACUCUAUUACCGCAAUGCAAUUGGCAUCGCGUUGCCGCACAAAGGGACUACGGGUCACUGUGCAAGAGAUCCUUCGUAGCUCAACCUUAUCACGACUGGCACUGCUCGUCGGCGUUGUGGAGCAAUCGAAUGUGCCGCGCAGCGAGCCUUUCGACGCACCCUUCGAAUUAUCCCCAGUGCAGCAGCUUUACAUGGCUCUUUGUAAAGAUCAAGAUGUCCAUGUCGCUAGGUUCAACCAAAGUAUCUUCCUUCGAAUCCGACGUCGAAAGGAGGCAAGCGAUGUUGCUCGUGCUGUGAAGGCUCUCGUCAGCCAUCACUCCAUGCUGCGUGCGCGAUUCCACCUUGAUAAUAAGGGAGCUUGGACUCAGACGGUGACCGGAGAGAUUGAGUCCUCGUUUCUCUUCAACACGCACAGUGUACCCGAAAUGCAGAAAGAAGCGGAAGCAUUCAUCGGACAGAAGAUUUCGCAUACCCAAUCCCAGAUCAACCUCAGAGCCGGUGCUGUAUUUGCAGUGGAUCUUUUCGAACUCCCCGAGAGCAUGUCAACCAAUGAUGGAAGUCAAUUGCUGUUCCUGACAGCUCAUCAUAUGGUCGUUGACCUUGUUUCUUGGCGUAUUCUCCUCGGUCACCUUGAGGAGCUUCUCGAAACUGGCAAGCUAUCUGCAGAGCGGCCGGUCCCCUUCCAGGUAUGGAACAAGUUACAACAUGACUACUCUCAGGAGAACUUGCAACCCGAGAAGGCGCUGCAGACUACUCUGGCUCCGGCACAACUAGACUACUGGGCACUUCAAGGCCAGAACGUCUGGGGAGACACUGAAGAGACUAGCUUCACACUCAGUAAGGACAUCACGGACCUUCUGCUGGGCAAUUGCAAUAUUCCUUUCAACACCGAACCGGUGGACAUGUUCACCGCAGCCCUCCUAUAUGCUUUCAAGCAAACCUUCCAAGAUCGAGAGCUGCCAACAGUCUUCAGCGAAGGUCACGGCCGCGAACCCUGGGAUUCUAGCAUCGACAUAUCAAGCACAGUUGGCUGGUUCACGACAAUGCGUCCUAUAUCUAUACCGACUCUCAAAGAGGACAACUUGAUCAAGAUUCUGCAGCAGGUCAAGGACGUACGCCGCACGACACCUAGCAACGGCUGGGCAUACUUUGCCAGUCGUUUCCUGAACCCUCUUGGCCGUGAAGCUUUCGGGCUUGAGGGCGAGGCCGAGGUCAUCUUCAACUUCCUCGGGCGGUUCCAGCAAUUUGAGGCCCAAGAUUCUCUAUUCCAGCAGGAGCCCCGAAUUGGUGGCCUUGCAGCUGCUGACAUGGGUCCGGAUACCCCUCGCAUGAGCGUGUUCGAUGUGUCCGUUGCUGUGAACAACGGCUGUGCUCACCAGAGCAUCUCAUACAGCAAAAAGGCUAACCAUGUACCUCAGAUCAUCGAAUGGGCUAACAAUUACCAUCAGGCCUUGGUCAGCCUAGCCGAACUCCUGCCCAGUCGACAAAGGGAAUUCACAGUCACCGAUCUUCCCCUCUUGAAGCUCACAGAAGAGGACCUCCAGAGACUGGUCGAAGUCAAGUUAUCGGAUGCAGGUAUUCGCAUUGAAGAUGUCGAGGAUAUUUACCCUUGUUCUCCGAUGCAAAAGGGCAUUUUGUUGAGCCAGACCAAGAACGCCAGCCACUACCAGACCGGCUUUGCAUUCGAGGCGACGACUACAGACGGCAGCAAAGUCGACACCACCCGACUCGCAAAUGCAUGGCAGAGAGUGAUAGACCGACAUGCCAUGCUACGCACGAUCUUCAUCGAACGGGUGACAGCAGAUGAGAUAUUCACACAAGUCGUUCUCAGUCAAAGCAAAGCCAAGGUUGUGAUGUCCUCCAACAACAACCUUGCUGACGACAGCUCCAGCGCAAUCGCGCAACCAGACCAUCUACUAUCCAUCGCAGAGACGGCAGAUGGGCGUGUAGAGUGCCGUCUUGAAAUCAAUCACGCGCUUGUCGAUGGUGCUAGUAUGCCGCUUAUUUUCAACGACCUUGCGCAAGCCUACGAAGGUCGACUCCCCGCCAGUCACAACGCACUAUACCGCGACUACGUCACGUAUCUAUCGGAGCAGGAGCAAGAGUCUUCGCUCAAAUACUGGUCCGAAUAUUUAUCUGGGCUUGAACCCUGCCAUUUCCCUCGACUUUCCGAAACCAUCAGCGAUACUGCAGAGCAGACACCUCAACUACAUACAAUCGCUCUCGACACCAGGGACGUUGUAGCAGACGUGCAGGCCUUCUGUGUAUCCAAUGAGGUCACAGUCUCCAACUUGAUGCAUGCUGCAUGGGCGAUAUUGUUGCGAUCUUACACCGGCUCAGAAAACGUCUGUUUCGGCUUCCUAACCUCCGGGCGUGACGUCCCCAUCCAGGGCGUCGACGGAGUCGUUGGGCCUUUCAUCAAUUUACUUACAGCUAGAUAUGCCGCGGACCCGAGCACGGACGUGAGAACCUUGAUUAACGCGAGCAAGUAUGCAUAUUCCAACGGACUACAACACCAGAAUUGCUCGCUCGCCAAGGUCCAGCACGAGCUGGGCCUCGCUGGCCAAGCGCUGUUCAAUACGGUCAUGUCUGUUCAAUUCCAACCAGGCGAGAAUAAUGCACCCAAGCAGCAAGUUAUCUCUUUCCGCGGUACCGGGGGCCACGACCCCACUGAGUACGACAUUACUGUCAACAUUGGUGUUCACGCCGGGAUGGUAUCUGGAAACAUCAAGUACUGGACUUCUGUCCUGCCAGACAGCCAGGCCACAAGCAUGGCUGAGUCUUUCGUUGCCAUCCUACGCAGCGCUACCCAGAGUCCAGAUGAAGCCAUCGCGAGGCUUCCCAAGAUCGGUCUCUCAGAUCAGAAGCUUCUCACGCUGUGGAACCAAACGCUUCCUCGCCGCGAAGACGGACCAAUCCACCGGCUCAUCGAAGCCAAAGCGUCCGGUAACCCCGAAUCGACAGCUGUGUGCUCGUGGGACGGUGACUUGACAUACGCCCGGCUCAGCGAGCUAUCCUCCCAGCUCGCUCAUCAUCUCAUCAGCCUCGGUGUUGGUCCGGAAAUUAAGGUUUUGGUGUGCAUGGAGAGAUCUUUCUGGACUCCAGUCGCACUGCUCGCGAUUCUCAAAGCCGGCGGUGCCUUUGUGCCUCUGGACCCCAAGCUGCCAGAGAAAAGAAUGCAGGAGAUUGCCCGCCGUGCCGAAGCCACUAUUGGUAUAGCUGAUGGGAUUACCAGCCCUAAGGUUAUCACUUCAGUCCAGACAGUGUUGCAGCUGUCUCAUGAGCUUUUGGCCACCCUUCCUAUUCACGAUGGAGCUCCAGCAACAUCCGCUGUGCAGUCGACGAAUACUGCAUACAUCAUUUUCACCUCAGGCAGUACCGGCGUGCCAAAGGGUGUUGUGAUUGAACACGCUACUGUUGCCUCGAGCGCGCGAGCGCAUGCUCUCUCAAUGGGUAUCAAUGCCGAUUCGCGCGUCUUCCAUUUUUCGUCUCUCGCAUUUGAUGCAAGCAUAGCAGAGAUCCUCACUACCCUAACCCAAGGAGGCUGUAUUUGUGUGCCGUCAGAGACUCAACGGCUUAGUAGCACUGCUGCUGCCAUGACAGAAUUCCGCGCCAAUUGGGCAUUCUUUACGCCUUCUAUGGCGGCAACUCUGGACCCGAAAGCCUUGCCUUACCUCAAGACUCUUGUUCUGGGAGGAGAAGCAGUGACAAACAAGAAUAUCAAGGACUGGGCCGGAAGUGUGUCGCUGCACAAUGGGUACGGUCCUACCGAAACAUGCGUGUUCUGCGUUUCAACUGUUCUUGAGCCGUCGGCACAUGCACAGCCUGUUCUUGGACGUGCAAUCGGCAGCGUGGCAUGGGUUUCUGAUGUGGAAGAUGCGAGUGCUCUGUGUCCUAUCGGUGCUAUUGGAGAGCUUCUGAUUCAAGGACCCAUCGUAGGGCGAGGUUAUCUCGGGGAUGAUGAAGCCACAGCCAAGUCCUUCUUACCCCCAACUACGAUCCCGUCUAUUAGACAGCUUGAGAGCCACGAUAGGGUCUACAAGACGGGUGACUUGGUGCGCUUCCGCGAAGACGGUUCACUGAUAUAUGUCGGACGCAAGGGCAGCCAAGUCAAGCUUCGAGGACAACGCAUCGAACUUGAGGAGGUGGCGCACCAGAUCGAAGCUGUUUGGCCAGAUGUCGAACGGACAGUUGCAGAGGUCAUCAGGCCAGUUGAUCGAAACGAGGCCCAGAUGCUCGUUGUUUUCGUACAGGAGCGACAGGCGGCUUUCGGGAAUGAGGGGCCUCAACAAGCAGCAGAGCCAGACCAACCAGAUUGGCUGACUGGCGUGUCAACUGAAUUCGCUCAGCGAGCUACGCAAGUACGAGCGCAGGUGGCCGAGUCGAUCCCUCACUACAUGAUCCCGCAGGUCUUCAUCCCCGUACGUCACGUGCCUCUCUCAGUCAACGGCAAGGCCGAGCGAGCCAAACUCCGUGACUGGGCAUCCAAGCUCGGGGCAGACAAGUUAGCACAAUACGGACAAAAGCAGCGCGCCGAAACCGUCCGCAAGCCGACAACAGACGCCGAGGUCCUCCUGCAGGGCUUCUGGGAGGAGGUUCUCCAACUCCCUGAGGGCUCCGUUGGCGCUGACGACCACUUCUUCCAUCUGGGAGCAGACUCGCUGCACGUUCUACUACUGCUUUCGGUGGCCGAAAAGGCGGGCAUGUGGGCUACCAUGUCGAGUGUUCUGGGGACGCCGGUGUUGAGUGAGAUGGCAUUGAUCUUCCGUAAGCAGGACGAUGCUUUGCCAACGGGUGUGGAGGUGAAGCCAUUUGAGAUGUUUGAUGACGAUGGAGAUUUGGACUUGGAGAUGAGCGAUGGUGAUUUUGAGUUUUAG